AUGUACCAGCUGAACGCUGUGCCCGGGCGCACCUUCGCCGCACUGCGGCUUGACCGGCAGGACCUUGACGAGGAGGAAGACGAAGCGGGUGAUGGUGUUUCGACCAGCGAGCAUAUUUCUCGACAGAGCGCAUUGAGUGGUGCUGCGCAGUCUAUUCUCUCUAUUUUGAGAGUGCUCUUUGGUACGUUUGUUCCGUCACGGCGGCUGAAGUUGCUGCAGUCACUGUGCCAGCGUUGGAGUGUCCGUGUGCCGCGGAAAACUGCGUCGAUGAGUGAAAACGAUUACUGCCGUGGGAUUAUGCAGCGGUUGGCGAUGAAGAUCUCCCUUGUGAUGGAUCGGAAGGUUCUUGUGAAUGAUGGUCGGUCGCUGGGAUUCUCGAGCGCCAACGGUGCCUAUGCUGACCAACUUUCUCGGUAUUCGGCUGCUGCGAGCAAGAGCUCGAAGACGAUGAGCUGGCUGAGUGGAGGACAGAGGAGAAGCUUGUUCGGUCGUCAGUCGUUGAUGGUGGAUGAUCUUUCUGUGAGCGCCGGGGACUCGAUCGUCACUAUUCACGCCAAGAAGCAGGCGUAG